UGUCGAAGUUGCGUGAAGUAAGUUGUGAGGCACAAUUGUCGGUCCACUCCGUUCAAGACAAGGCGUUUAUUUUUCAUCUGAAUUCUAAAUUUCCUACGACACGUUAACUAAGGCGUUGGUCAUCCAUCAUGGAGGAUCUACCCAAGAGCGAUCAAAUCUGGGAGCUACUUACCCAUCACAGCAAACUCGAGCGUGACAAAGGCCAAGCCCGACUGGAGGAAAUGCUCGUGAGCCAGAAAACCGGGCCUUUGGACCGGGAUCUACGAGCCACUUGCGAAUCUUUCAUCACUGCCAUGAAUGAUGAAUGCCCUUGGGAGUCCAAAUUGGGCUUGCUCCUAGCCAGUAAAGCCUUAGUCCGCCAGACCAACAACUCCUCCGUGGACGAGAGUCGUCAUUUCGUUGAGCUCCUCACCGAAUCCUGCGUGUCGUUGCUCGCCGAGAAAGAAGAGGUCCGGGUUCGCGGAUUAGCCGCCGAGGUCUUGGGCGAAAUGUGCCACCAAUUCGGUCCCGAGAUCUACUUGCAAGUCCGAGAGCGCGUUUUGGAGAUCAUCCAGAGUAAUCUGGAACGUGAGACGGAUCGCUUGAAGUUGGACGAGUCCAGUCAUUUCAAAGACGCUCACGACGGCAGCUCGGAUGAUGAGGAUGUUCGAUCCACAGUUUCCUCCAAUGCUGAGGAGAUCUUCCACGAUACGGCCGGUUGGAAAAAUCUCGAGUCGUCCAUGAAUUGUCUGGAAUACAUGGUGGAAGGCUGCGGCUCCGGUUUCUUACCCUAUAUCACGCCGGAUCUCGUCGAGUUGAUCGUCACCUCGUUGAAGCACACCAAUCGGUUCGUGCGAGAGACCGGCUAUAACACCCUGACCUCGUUUUUGCGCACGGGUAAGUUGUCGGUGAUGGAAGGCCCAGUCCUACAGGAGAAGGUAGCCGCUCAAUUUGCCAAGCAUAUUGCCAUUGGCUUGGCUGAUAAUUGGAGUCAGGUCCGAUUGGCUGCUUCUGUGGCGUGUCGGGAGCUAUUUCUUUCUAUAUCGGACGAUGAAGCCAAGAAGGAGGCGUUCUAUCCGAUUCUCUUGCCCCGAUUGUGUCUCAAUCGAUACUAUAUGGCCGAGGGCGUCAAGCUGUACAAUCAACAGACGUGGAAACUGACCGUUGGCGACCAAGGACGUGUUUUGGUGGAGAAGCAUAUCCAGGAGGUCAUCAACUAUUACGUCAUGUGCACUUUAGCCGAUAACCACGCCGUCCGGGAAGCAGCUUGUCUUUGCAUUGGCGAGUUGGCCGUGAAGAUCUCGAGGCCGAUCCUUUUGCCGCACGUCAAGUCCUUGGUGGAGGUGUUUUGCGAAUGCUUUCAAGAUCACUCUUGGCCUGUUAGAGACACGGCGUGCGUCGCCAGUGGCAACUUCAUUCGAAUGUAUCCGACCGAGUGUCAGGAUAAGAUAUCAAUUUUGAUGCCCAUGUUCUUAGGGAACCUCAAGGACCCAAUUUCCUCGGUAAGACAAGGAGCCGCACUCAGCUUGGCCAAUGUUCUCCAGGCCUAUCCGGAGGUCAUGUUCGAUCCGAUCAAAGAAAUAUUGAUCGAUGGAUUUGCUGGGCUUUCAGAUCAACCCGAAGAAAGCCAGCGCUAUCAGAAUCUGUCGUCAGAAAACGCCACUUUCGGUGUGGUUAAAAAGUUGCGAGACAACGAUGUGGAACUCCACGAGAACCAGCCCAUGUACUCGUGUGGCUCAUUGGCCCCUAAAAUGGGGCGUGGUGGCACUUCUGGAGGCUGCUCCAGUGCCAUGUUCAAGAAAAACCCCGAGCCUUGGGAGUUUGCCGAUGGAUGUGUUCAUCUCUUUACCGAACUAACUUCUCUCGCCGAUUUCCACGCUAAACUGCAUCCUUUGGUGUCCAAGAUCAGCCAGGCUUGCUACAAGCGUCAUUACACCUUACAUUUAAGCUUUAUCGAGACGGUAUUGAAACGAUUACCGGACAUGGCCGAACGGCUCGGGAAACGAUACUUCAAGCCUUAUCUCGAAGAUUUUAUGGACCCGAUUUUCUAUGCCUUCGGGAGCGAAAAUGCCUUGGCUCGAGUGGCUGCUGAACACUGUCUAGCCUACCUGAGCCAAUGGCUCGGUCCGAACAUCCUUCGGGGACGAGUCGAACAAGUGGACCCCAAGUAUUUGGAGCUUCUUGAGCAGGCCAUGAUGCAAUCGCCGAUGUCCAUGGAAAUGGGCACGGUUCCCUCAUCGAUCAGCAUCCCGCCAAAAUCCGAGCAACACGCGAGCUAUCAGCAUUUAGGAGGCACGCCUACCUAGUAAAUGUGAAUUUAAAUGACACUUAUCUUUACAUGCACGCCAAACUGGUUAAUACCCAGUGUUUCGAUUGA